AUGGUUAUUGAUGCUGCUGGUCCCGAAGUUUUUGAGGAAGAGACCCCGAAUGACGAAGCUCGGAAGUUUUUUGAUAUGAUGAGUGCGGCAGAAGAAGAAAUAUGGCCCGGAAAUAGCAAACACUCACCCCUGUCCGCAUCUGUUGAAAUUUUGGAUAUUAAGUGUCGACAUCAGGGGUCGAUAUCUUUGAUUGAUGACACCUGCCGUUUAUUACAAGAACUGCUUCCAGAGAACAAUAAAAUGCCGAAUUUUUUUGCUAAUAUCAAGAAGCUGGUGAAAGGCGCAGAACAUCCGCUCGAUGAUAGUGCAGAACAUCCGCUCGAUGUCAUAACGAAUGACGACCCGAUAAAUUUAGUUGAUCCGAAUGGCGAGGCGGACGAGGCUGCAUUACACAACCCUCCAAUAGUAGAGACGGAAGAUGAUUAUCCACCAUCCUCAUCAGACGAUGAUGACAUUGGAGCGGAAGAUGAUAUAGAAAUUGUUCUUCUUCUGCCGGCCGAGGCCGGGGUAGGGACACUGGUCAGGGACGUGGACGUGGACGUGGACGUGGCGACCCAGAGCAGGAUCCAUCCACUUGAGAGCUCGGAUCCAGGGGCUGAGCAGCAGGUGCUGGCGGGUAGACUCGCACCGCGGAGAGCGGCGAGACAGCCACAGGACCAGCCGCCAGCUACGGACGAGACUGGGAGGAUUAGAGUUACACCUGAUGCUGCAAGAGAAAGGUUACUAGAUAGCAGGAACGACAGCGGGAGCACAUCGAGGGCGAUCUUGCCCAUUUUCCGAUCUAGCUGGUUCCCUAAGGGUUCCUCGUGGAAGAAGCUGACAGCAGAGCAUAAGGGCUUCUACUUCGAGGAGUUCAAGAAGGGUUUUUGCUGGGACUCCACCCACCCUGAGGACCUGAUUAGAGGGGUCUUCUACCGACAUGCGGCUAAUCGGUACAAAGAUACUCUCCACAACAUGAAGCCAGAUAAAAAAGUGGGCAGUGUUAGUGCUGAUACUUGGGCGUCGUGGAAGCGAGACUGGGAUACUGCUGAGGCUAAGAAGAAGUCUGAGGUAGCACGAGCUAAUCGGCUGAGUGAGCCGUCUGGAGCUGGCACCGGACCGGUUCGACAUACCGCAGGAUCGAGAUCGGCUACGAGGCAUAAGACAGUUAUGACUGAGGAGCUCGGUCGAGAGCCCACUUUAGCUGAGUUGCAUGUACGGUUGCACCUGACCAAGGCUGAUCGGACUGUCUUCGUUGACAAGAGAUCAAAGGAUAAAAAUGACCGUUUCCAGGCAGAGCUUGCUGCAGCGACCCAGUCUCAGGCGGCUGGAGAAGGGAGUUCGUCGAUUCCAGAGCCGAUCGACGAGAACGAGCUGUUUUUGUCUCUCGAGGCAAUCAAGAAGCAGCGAGUCUACGGUAUUGGUUCGGCUUCAGCAUCCUACAUCGGCCAGAGCAGCCGAUUGCGCCGCGGCGGAUCAUCCCAGUCACAGCAGCAGGCGGUCGUUAGUGAGGAGAUCGAGCAGCGCAUUGCUAGAGAGGUUGAGGAGCGACUCGAGCAGCGGAUGCGUACUGUGGAGGCGGGUUUUGAAGAGCGGGUCGAGCAGCGGAUCCGUACUGUGGAGGCGGGUUUCGACGAGCGGAUCCGUACUGAGCUUGCGCGACUGAUGACUACACUCCCACCGGAGUUACGACCGCAGUUUCCCCCACCUCCACCUCCACCGGCUGACGACACUACUAGUUUGGGGUAGUAUAGUAUUUGGACUUGGAUUUUUAUAAUACAGUUUGCAUAUUUUGACUUAUUUAGU